GCGAGGAGCCGGGCAGCCCGCGGACAAUAGGCGCACGCCGGGCCGCGGGAAUCGCCAGCGCGGUCCGGGGUUGUUCCGCACCCGACAACAAAGAGCGGAGCCGGGCCGGGGAGCGGGAGGGGCAGCGCCGGCCCCUCCGCGCCUUGCCCGGCCAAUGGGCGCGCUCUGCGAUGGCGGCGGCGCGGGGCUGUCAGCGAUCGCCGCUUACGCUGCGGCGCCCGACGCGCCCCCCCCGUCCCUCCCUCUCUCCCUCUGCCCGCCUCUCCAGAGCCGUCUGGCUGCAGCAGUGCCUCAGACAGAGGAGGGGAGAGGAGGGAAAAAAAAACGCUGAGUGAGUGGAGUGGAGCCUGGGAGGGGCUCCUUAAAGAAACGCUGCCGUCGCUUGGCAUUGUGGCCGGCGAGGAACUCGAGGGGGGGAAGCCAUCGGAGCUCCUCUCGCUAUCCUCUUCCCACCCCCCCACCCCACCCCCAGCCGACAAAAAAAAAAAAAAAAAAGGAAAAAGAAAAAAAAAACCUCGUGGGGGGGGGAGUAGCGGGGGGGGGGGGGUCCUGAGAACAUCUUAUAAACCGGAUUGCACUGAGAGGAGGAAAAAAAAAAGCAAAAAAGAUACAAAAUAUACAAGCAAAAGGCAACAAAUCCCCGGUCUCCAGCAGUCGCCCACCCUCCCUUUUCUUCUCUCCUGCUGGCCAUCUGCCUUGGGUUUUCCUUUGUGUCUGAUCUUUUACUACUGAGCCGAGUGCAGGAGGAGGGUGCAACACACACAGGGACUAUGCCCAGCUCGCUUUUUGCAGACAUGGAGAGGAACGGGAGCGGCGGCGGAGGCGGCGGCGGCGGUGGUGGUGGUGGAGGGGGAGAGACCCUGGAUGACCAAAGAGCCCUUCAGAUCGCCCUGGAUCAGCUCUCCCUGCUGGGGCUGGACAACGACGAGACGGGCUCCAUUUACGACAGCGAGCCUCGGAAAAAGAGCGUGAACAUGACUGAAUGCGUCCCGGUGCCCAGCUCGGAGCAUGUCGCUGAGAUAGUGGGGAGACAAGGUUGCAAAAUCAAAGCUCUGCGGGCAAAGACCAACACCUACAUCAAGACCCCAGUUCGUGGGGAGGAGCCGCUCUUUGUUGUGACGGGCAGAAAGGAAGAUGUGGCCAUGGCCCGCAGGGAGAUCAUCUCAGCGGCUGAGCACUUCUCCAUGAUCCGAGCCUCGCGGAACAAGAACACGGCCCUGAAUGGCACUGUUCCUGGCCCCCCGAACCUGCCCGGCCAAACCACCAUCCAGGUGCGGGUGCCUUAUCGUGUGGUGGGCUUGGUCGUGGGGCCCAAGGGGGCCACCAUCAAGCGCAUCCAGCAACAGACGCACACCUAUAUCGUGACCCCGAGCCGGGACAAGGAGCCAGUCUUUGAGGUGACGGGCAUGCCUGAGAACGUGGACCGGGCCCGGGAGGAGAUCGAGGCGCACAUCGCCAUGCGCACUGGCGGCAUCAUCGAGCUGACGGAUGAGAACGACUUCCACGCCAACGGCACGGAUGUAGGCUUCGAGCUGAACGGCACGGGCAGCCUCUGGAGCAAGCCCACGCCGCCCAGCAUCACGCCCACCCCGGGCCGCAAGCCCUUCUGCAACUACCGCAACGACAGCUCCAGCUCGCUGGGCAGCGCCUCCACCGACUCCUACUUCGGGGGCGGCACGGGGGGGGGCGGCGGUGCCCGCCUGGCCGAUUACAGCCCCCCGAGCCCAGCGCUGAGCUUCACCCACAACGGCAACAACAACAACAACAGCGCCAACGGCUACGUGUACGGAGGGGGCGGCGGCGACGUCCUCUCCUCCCCGGACUGCUGCUCCGAUCUGCCCUUCGACUCGCCGCCCGGCUUCGACCUGGCGCCCGCCCCGCCGCCGGGGGCCGCCCUCAUCUGGCCGCAGUUCGAGCGCGGCCCCGCCGCGCCCCCCUCGCCCGCGGCCUCGCCCGCCGCCGCCUUCCCGGGCGCCGCGCCCGCCAAUGCCAACCUGGCGCUGCUGGUGAGCGGCCCCCGGCGGGGCGGCGGCGCUCCGCCCCCGGCGCGGCUCUCCCCGCCCCUGCACGGCAGCGCGGCGGGGCCCGAGCACCCGCUGGCGCGGCGGGUGCGCAGCGACCCGGGCGGGCGGCUGCUGGCCGCCUCCUACCCGCUGUACGCCAACGGGCUGGGCUCCCACCUGCCGGGGCUGCCCUCCGACUCCUCGGCCUCCUCCUCCUCGUCCUCCAGCUCUUCUUCCAGCUCCUCCUGCUCCUCGUCCGGCGUGCGGCGGAAGGGCAGCCGCGACUGCUCGGUCUGCUUCGAGAGCGAGGUGAUCGCGGCGCUGGUGCCCUGCGGCCACAACCUCUUCUGCAUGGAGUGCGCCAACCGCAUCUGCGAGAAGACGGAGCCGCAGUGCCCGGUCUGCCACAGCGCCGUCACCCAGGCCAUCCGCAUCUUCUCCUGAGAGCCGCCGCCGCGGGGGCGGCCCGGGGGGAGCGGCCGGGGCAGGGCCGGGCCGGGGCCGGGGCCCGCCGGGGGUGCGGGCUGCGGGAGGGCUGGGGGGUGGUGGUGAGAGCGGGUGCAUGCUAUACAUAGUAACGGGCGACUCCAUUCUAGUGCUAGGCUAGUUUUUACACUGUACUUUCAUACGAAGCUUCCAAAACUCCCCCCUUUUUUAAAAAAAAAAACAAACAAACAAAAAAAGAAAGUAGAAGAUGCUUCUGAUGAUGACAAUGGUGUGUGGACUGUUAGUAGAACGUGCUGGUAGUUCCUAGGAUGCUUAAUAUGAAAUAAUUAAAUCUAUGGGUGGAUACUUUUCUGAAUGUUCUUGAAAGGGCAAGAAGUUCCUGUGAAAAACCACGAUACUGCAGCUUUAUCAAAGUUUAAAAAAAAGAAAAAAAACCUGUAACAUAUCUCUUAUAUAUAUUAAAAACGUUUAAAGGUUUUAAAGAUAAAUUGCAUUAAUACAGAUUGAAGUAUUUUAUUCUUUUUUGACUUGAAAAAUUAUAUUUCAUAUUGCAAAGAUGUUUACAAGUAUUUUAAUUUAAGUUCAGUGAACUUUUUGUAGCUGGGUUAAAUCUUUUUUAUUUUAGUAUGGCCUUAUGGCAAAGAACACUGUAUUAUUUUAAUAUCACACAGUUGUGAACGGAAUUACAAACCAUAAAAUGUGUAAUGCUUUGAACAGUAUUCUGUUGGGAUGGAGAUUUUAUAGGUUCAGAAAAAAAUCUUUUAAAUCUGCUUCACCCAGCAUAUUUUCUAUUCAGUGAUAUAAAGCAUAUUUUAUUCUAUAUUAUUACAAAAAUGGAAAUGUAUAAACAUAUGUCAAAAGGAACUGUUGAAGCUUUCUAACAUUUGUAUAAAUAGAAUUCAGUGGAAAUUACAAAAUUCUGUUGCACCACUAUAGUUUUAGUAUUUCUAUUUUAAUACAUUUGUUUACCACUUGUUUAUGUAUAUGUAGGUGACGUUACUUGAGCUUAAAUGUACUUUACUGAGCAAAGUUUAAAAACAAAGUAUAUUUUAUUUUAUGAUAAAGGGCCUUUAACCUCAUGGUCAAAUACUAAUAUUAUAUUUGCUGAGACAAGAUUUGAAAUUGUAUCAAGAGUUUUAUUUUUCUGACAUUUAAAGUUCUACAUAAUAAAAGUAAAACUUAAGUAAUGGUGCUACUUCAUGUUUUUUUAAGUAUUUCUAUAUAAAUAAAAUAAAAUAUUACAGAAAAAAAGAAGGUGCUCUGUGUGGUGAUUUGAUUUGAUGUGCUGAGAGUGUCUUUUGGAAUUUUGUUGCUCUCUUGUAGCACUGAAACAUGUUGGGAGUUUAAACUGUGUAAUGUUAAUAUUGCUGGAAUUCUUUAGCUUGUGAAGGCUUCCAGAAUAAUCCUGCCAGUGAUCAUACCGUAUAAUAUGUUUUUAAAGAAAAAAAAAAGAUGCGUUUUUUUAAAAUAUGUGGCACGUUGCUGGGAUUAUUGCACGUCUAAAAAUACUUGUUUUUUCAGAAUUUUUAGUCAUGGACAAUACUCUGUUUCGUAGGAAUUGUCACUUUUAGCAAAUGGAGCGUAUGUGAUGGCGGGGAGGCUCCUUUGUUGGGACGCGCUGCAGGCUGAGCCUGCGGGUCCCGGCUCUGCCCUGCCCAGGGACCUCAGAGCCGCGGCCCAAACUCCCGUGUUUUCUGCAGCGGAACAAGGGCCUCAGUAUCCUUCCCCAGCUCCCGAAAGUGCUUCUUGGUAUUUGGCAGUUGUGGUUCUGGUAAUUGGUGUUGACAAGCUUAUUUGAAUAAAAAAUUUAUUGCCGUGUAAAGUUUGUUUGCUUUUGAUGCUGCCCGCAGUGGUGUUGGGGCGAAGGAAGCGCAGGCGUUUUCUGACUAACGAGCCUACGAACCCACCAGGCAAACCCUGCAAUAUUUUUGUUGCUGAUUGUAGCCAACGUGUUUGAAUGAACUUGCUGGAUAAAGCGUGUUAGAGCAGCUUUCAGAGGGUAGCUGCGGAUCGCUGGAAGUGUUUGGGUUUGAGGGUGCCGGAGCACUUUGCAGCGGGGUAGUGAAAACAACAAAACAAACCCAAACUGUGUAGCGUAUUUCAUACGUUUGACUUUAUGCUUAGCAGCGUGUGCCAGAGCCGCUCUGCUCGGAUCUCCUUUAUGGACUCCGGAGCUGCUGGGUGGGUGGGAAGGGGAGGAGGGAGGAUGCGGCAGGGGAUGAUGGGAUCUCUUUGUUUGAUUUGAUUUUUGCUUCUUUCAUUGAACUGUGAUUGUGGUAUCAUCUGAUUUAUGGAGUUUAAAUCCCUCACUGAGUGUUGCAUUUGUGUCAGGAAGCUUGUCGUUUUGAGUGGUGGAAAAAUAAACCAACCCAGUGCUGUGGAAAAGAAUCUUACACAGUAAUAGAGAAGAUGGGUUUAAAUACAGAAGUGCAGUGGUGUGGAAGGCUGUGAGCAGCCGUGGUGCCUCCAACCAGCAGCGCUUGUGCAGCAGCUCCACAAACACCCCGACCUGGGCGGUCAGCGGGGCAUUGCUCAGCUCGGCCGGCGAGUCCCUUCUUCAACGUAACCUCCUCAUUGUCCGUGUUCGGCUUGCAGGACUUCACUUGCUAUUUUCUUCACCAAACGGUGGCUGAAACAAAGGCAAUCCCCUCUUCGUCUGCGGCCCCGGGUGCCUUUUUGGCCUCUGUAUGCUGUUUCACCCCUCCGUGCACCCUCCAUGUGUGUGUUGUUUUGGAGGUGAGAAGAUGGGCUGCAGUGCCUUGAGAUACUGAUGGUGUUCGUUCCUCUUUAGGAAUUAUUUCAGCCACAGAGGGACUGGUCUGAAUUCCUUUUGCUUUGGCAUCUGAUGGUCCAGCAAGCCCCUUUUGUCCUGUCUUCCAAAUGUGCAUGCGUGUUGGUGGUGGCAGAGCCAGCCCUUUGCCACACGCCGGCGAGGUCAGCAGCGGCCACCUGAGGCACCUCCCUUGCCUGGUCCCUCCAGCCAUCAUUGUGUCCCCCAGCACUGGGGGGUAUUCCGGAGGUGUCCUGGCAUAUGCGGUGUCUGUUGCGUUACAUCUCCUUGCUUGCUGGGUUGCGGUGAUGUGCCCAAACCCAAACCUGCUUUUGCUGGUGGGGUGUAAGGUCCCUUGUCUUUGGCUGGUGGAGAUGGGGGCACGUGAGCAGAGACAGCGUGGGGAGGAACGUGCGGGCUGCACAUGUGCACUGCCCCCCGGAUUUAUGCCGUAGGUCAGUCCCUUGGACUGCAGAGGCCAUAAAUCAGCACCAAAUUUGUCCCAGGGUCGGGGGCCAUAUGGUGUGCGGGAGUAGGAGAGGGAUACCCGCGCAAAAGAAGAAUAAAGGCCCGUGUUUGGUGCAGGAAUAUUUCAAAGCCUGAGAAAGGGGCAAAGUUCAGUUUCUAAUUGAGUGCUUUGAAAUAUAUAGAUGUAAAUGGUCAAUGUUUAUCUUCCGGAACAAAGAUCACUUUGUUUUUCAAGUGUUUAUGUGUCGGUGACGAGAACUGUACGUGGGGGUCUUUGCCACGGGAGGCUCCUCUGCAAUGUCUGUAGCUGCUUGGGGGUGCAGGUGCCCCCGGCUCUGUCCCCGUCCCAACACAUUGCUUGGAGGGAUCAGCGAGGACCUGCACCUUUGGGGCGUUUUCCUGUCUUUGCUAAUGUAUGUGUAUGGUUCCCAGUAAGUAUACACAUAAUUAUCUCAAAAAAGGGUACAUUUACAUUUGUAAGAAUUAUUAUAUACAGAGUCCUGAGCUUAAUUAUUCCUCUGUCCAUAUCUUGUACUCCACAGCAUUUGCAUAACAAUUAGACAUCAAAGCCUGAGCUCUUUACUGGGAAAAAGGUCUUUCCACUAUAUUAUUGUGUUGCCAAAUAAAUUAUAAUGAUCAAUUUAAUCUAAAUUUACUCUCUAGAUUUUUUUUCCCUGCAAAUUGAUUGAAACAAGCCUUAAAAGCAAACUUUAAAUUUAGUGGUAAAAAUGGAGUACAGUAACGUAUUUAAAUUAGAUGGCUUUUUGUUUGAUGUUUCUCACUCCUCUCUGCUGACCCCCUCACCCCUCUUUUUUUCUCCAUUCUCCUUGUCUUGUCAUUUUGGAAGUUUAAAUUAUGCUUGGCUGUCACUGAAGUGAAUGGGAAUUCUGCCUCUGGAAGAGCGUGCUGGAUUUCCAUCUGUGAAUGAUCUAAUGACACCUACUUACAGGCAGUAAAGUGAAGAUUAAUUAAUUGACAUUCUUGAAGUAUCCUGAGGUGGAAGUCCUGAUCCUGGAUCAUCCACAAGCAGAGAGGAAGGAAAAAGGAGGCUUUGCUCAGCCUGCAGAAGCCUGGAAACACUUUGAUGGGACUCACCAGAGCCUGAUGUCUCUCUGCCACUGCAGGAUCUUGAGGAGCUGAAUAGCUACACGGCAUUGUAUUAAGAGACGUACCAAUCACUCUGGGAUUACUUUCCUGAUGUCAACAACACGUACUGCAUACCAACAUCUGUGCUGUACCAGAGAUGCUCUUCUAUGUGUCUGGAAAACUGCGUGACAAUUUGAGAUGAGUAUAUCUUACAUGCUGGGUUAUUGAAAAGUUGAGUAACUUGACUAUUUUCAAUGCUGUUUACCAGUGACUCUAUAUGUUGACUUUUCUAGACCUACUGUUGUGUUGGAUUACCAUUACUAUCAGCUGGUAAUUGCAAAACUCUAAUUUAUUUUUGUGCGUGUGUGUGUUUUCACAGGUAACACUUAUUUAACAGUGAGUCAUGUAGAAAGCUCCUGUAUUUUUUUUAAUCCAACCUCUCUCCUACCUUUCACCUCCCAGGUCGUGGCAGUUUACAGACAAGCUGCCCGAGAUGAAUUGUACAGAGUGUCAGCGAGGAUUUGCUCUGAUGCAUCGAAAGCAGUCAGAAUUUCUAAAGUCCUGGUGAAUCUCAAGCUACCUGAGUCAACAUGCGCUUUCUUUCUGACCUCAGUGGAUCCUGCAAUGGACGGCAACUAGGUGUUUCUUUGCCUGUGUGAUCACACACAUAAGGCUUUACGGAGCAGGGCCUGGUCCAUGGUACUUGUCUGACUGCAGCUGGCCUCUCACUUCAAGACUGGAACCAGUACCAGGCAUAGUUGAGAUGGUGAAGAUGGCCAAGGGAGUCUCCAGUUGCUGUUUGCUGAAAGCAGCAUCGUUACCAGCCUGCGUGGUUCCUGUUCUGCAUCCCAGCAACUGGCUGGGAAAAGCUGGGAGAGUCUUGAUUUUGUGGAUUUGUAGCAUCAAUUAGAAAAGCUGUCUCAUAAUUUCAAUUUCUGCUGGGAUUGAAGGGGUUUCUUAAAAUCAAGAAGACUCUAGUAGUUUGGGCUAGAGGGGCUUUUUCUCUCUCUGUGAGCAAGUAACAAUUUUGCUGCCAACCAGCAAGUUUUUCUGCUAAUGUAGCUACAGCAAUUGCUGUAAACAGGUGUCCGAGGCUGGCUCGUGUCUUACCAUCAUUUAAUUUUACCUUAACACAGAUUGUUUUUUCAGUUCUGACUAGCGGAAGCUGUUAAAGAAAUCAGAUUAAUGACGUGUUUCUCAUGGUAUCAGUUUAACUUAGUAUGAUAUGAUUUCUCCCUUUAACAAAAUGGAUUGCUGAAAGAUGUAUGAGAACAGCUGAACAUUUUCUGCCUGAACAGCUAUACUGGGAACUAUACAUUUUGCAUAGGUCUGCUGUGUCUGCAGCUCGGAGAGCUGAAAAGGAGCAUGGUAGGCACUAUAGUAACUUAGUAGUGUAAGGGAAUGUGCUCUUUGAGCAGAGCAUUUCCUUGGCUGGAUGUGAACAAAACUUUUGCUCUGGACACCCACAGGGAGUGGAGAAAAAGGACUUUUACCUGUUGUCACUAUGAGCUGGCACUUGCCCUCUCCCCUGGCUCUUCAGGGUGCCUGGGUACCAAUUUCUGAUCCUUUGAAUUGUACUAAAACUGAUGCCCAGAGCCAAGGGAAUGGAUACCCCGUGUGGGAACACUGAGCCCGGUGUGUUAUUCUUCUUUCUCUCAAAAAUUGAAAGUCUUUAGAAGUAAAGAUGAUGGAUAAAUGGUGUUUAAUCCAGAAUUAUCCUUAAGUGGGUUCAACUGGGAAGUAGCAAAGGGGUAGAGAGGCUAAUUUCCUUACAAUAAAUGGCUCCACUUAAAUUUGGUUGUCACAAAAGGGUAAUACAUGUUUUGUGGAAUAAGAAAACAUCACUUCUAAAAAAAUAGAGCAUUAAUUUUCAUUGGUUUUCCCCAAUUUUAAUAUUUGUGUCAGGAGAGUUAGGUCUCCUUUCUGCCAAAAAACCAAUUUAGAACAAAUAGAGAAGCUAGAGAUAUUGGUUCAGGAUUUUAAUCCCCGUCCAAGUGUGGCCCUGAUGCCACGUUUCUCUGUGGUUUCUGCCUUCGGUGCUCUGUCAGUCGGGAUCCGAAGGGGAGUGUGAGCUGCUGUGAUCACCUUCAGCUGCACGAGGGGCUGGCGGGGUCCCCAGGAAAGCUGCUGGUCUCAAAUUGCUCCUAAGGCGCUUUCCACGCUGCUUGUGCUUCGUUUCUGACAGGAGUAACUCUGAGCAGGUGGUUUCAUGACCUUCCGUUGCUGCAUCUUUGGUCAAACUGUUCCAUAUGCGGUUUUGUUAAAAGAUGUUUAACACAAGGUUUGGAUUAUUUUUCUCCCCCAAGAAAAAAGCAGUGACUGCAAAAUAAAUUUCUCCUUACAGUUCCUCCUCGGAA